CGUGCUGGGAAACCGUCAGGUGUUAUUGAGAGAUCGAAUGCGGGAUGGGAGGAGGGGUGAUGGGGUGGGCGGGGAGAGCGGACCACCUGGGAGGGGUCCCGCGUGCCCUCGUGUUCAUGGCCGUGGGGGCCUUCGCCAAGGUCGUCACCUCCCUCCUCAACUCCACCUCCGUCCACAACGCCGAAACCCUAAUCCGCCUCGUCCGCUUCCGUCCCCCUGGCCGGCCCCUCAUCACUGUCAGCAAUCACAUGUCCACGUCUUCGAUGUCUGGAGUAUGCCAUGAAGACUUGGAUUAGUGACAGGAAAAACCUGGUGCUCAUGUUUCAACCACUAGUUUGAUGAGGUGACCUCAAACUCUGAAGAGAAGCCAUGAUCAUCAAAAGUCAUGAGUCACGUGACCAACAUAUGCGGUUGUUAUUGUUAGAAUGUUUUAUUGGAAACUAGGCUGUAGGACCCCGUACCUUAGGUACUACAACCACUUUGGAAGCACAUCUCAGGUUGGAUGAUCCACUUAUGUGGGGCUUCAAGGGUUUUCCAACUAUGGAUGCAAAACUAGCUCGGUGGGUUUUAGCCGCAGAAGAUAUAUGCUUCAAAAAUGCAAUUCUUUCGUACAUAUUUCGACUUGGAAAAUGCAUACCUAUAACAAGGGGUGGUGGAAUAUAUCAGGCACAUAUGAAUGAAGCUCUUGAAGUGCUGAGUGGUGGAGGCUGGUUGCAUGCAUUUCCAGAAGGAAAAGUGUCCCAGGAAAAUGCACCCAUAAGACGUUUGAAGUGGGGAACUGCAAGUCUUAUUGUCCGUGCACCUGUAACCCCCAUAGUUUUGCCGAUCGUACACUGUGGAUUUGAAAAGGUGAUGCCUGAGAAAUUUUUCUUUGGUAGAAGACCACUAGUCCCUCUUUGCAGUAAGGACAUCAAAAUCAUUAUUGGUGAACCAAUUGAAUUUGAUCUCCAAAGCUUGAAGCAAACAGCUAAAACAGUAUCUCGGGAAUCAUCUUUUCCCAGUCUUGGGUGGCCCAACACUACCCCAGAUGGACUUGACGAGGCAGCACAAAAAUGGCUCUACAUUAACAUUUCGGAUCAGAUUCGAACUGUGAUGGAGAGAUUGCGUAACUUUGGUGGGACCCUCAAGAGAUUUAAGGCAUGAUUUAGUGCACAUUUUUCUUCUGAUUGAUUGAGGUUAUAGUUUACAUGGCAUGGAAAUUUUGGGGCAUGCUCCCUUUCUUGCAUAUAUUCUAUUGAUUUUAAGUUCCUUGCUACACGGGCCUAUGAAAAGGUCCUAAUGUUUUUUUCCCUGACGAGUAACACCUUACUUGUAAGACCAUCCGGUGAUUCAUUGCUAGUUACUGAAGUUAAUGGAAAAUAAAAACAAACUAUUCUGA